AUGAGUGCUGUAUCGCUGCUGUUGUUUCUGCUAGCAACGUUUUGCAUUCUACCGAGCUCCUAUUCAAAACCAUAUUCAAAGCAAAGUUUCGAAAAUCGGAGCGAUCCACGGGGCGCAUCCGAAAGCAUUGAAAUGGACGCCACAGACGAUGAGAUGGACAAUAGGUUUUUCAAUGUAUUGCAAAAUAUUCACGGCCGCAUUGGAGUACUUGGCCUGAUCGGUGAAUGA